UGAAGUAGUAUCAAACUUUAAUAAAACAACAUCCAACAACAGUUGCAGAACUACUUUGUAACCUCAGUCGCUACAACACACUUUCCCUUUCACCACCACCACCAUGUCAAUCAACUCAUCCAAACACUCCCUUAUCUUCACCCUCUUCCUCCUCUUCCAACUCACAUCUCCGAUCACCAAAGCCCUCGCCGGAACUCCCCACCUCAUCAAUUUCCGAUCACAAAACCUCUACCCCGAAUCCCUCGCUUGGGAUGCAAAAAAUCAACACUUCCUCACCGGAUCCCUCAACCACCGCACAAUCUCAUCCAUCUCAGAUGCCGGUAUCGUUGAAACCCUAAUCUCCGACACUUCCCUCCCCGAAAACGUCACUGUUUUAGGCAUCACAGUCGAUUCACUUCACAACCGUGUUCUCGCCGUAAUCCACGCUGUUCAUCCUCUCCCUCCUUACAACGCUCUCGCCGCAUACGAUCUCAACACCGGCAACCGUCUCUUCCUCUCUCUACUCCCAUCAGAUGAUCAACCCGCUCUCGCUAAUGACGUUGCCGUUGAUUUCAAAGGUAACGCUUAUGUCACAAACUCAAUCGGAAAUUUCAUCUGGAAAAUUAACCUUCAAGGAGAACCUUCAAUCUUUUCAAAAUCAGCGAGGUUCACGGAAAAUCCCGUGGACCGCGAUUCACCGUGUAAUUUCUGUGGAUUGAACGGUAUUGCUUACGUCAACAAUGGUUAUCUUUUGGUAGCACAAUCCAAUACAGGAAAGAUCUUUAAGGUUGAUGCUGAAGACGGAACAGUAAGACAGAUCCUUCUUAACAACGUUGAAAAUCUGACAUGUCCUGAUGGUGUCGUUUUGAGAAGUGAUGGUGUCGUUUUGGUGGUUUCACCAGAGGCAAAUAAAUUAUGGAUGUUAAAAAGUAACAAUGGAUGGAGUGAAGGUGUGGUUUAUGACAAAAUUGACCUUGGUGAUGAAGGGUACCCUACUUCUGUUGUUGCAAGGGAGAGGGAUAGGAUGUAUGUUUUGUAUGGUUAUGUUAAGGAAGGUGUUUUGGGGAGUUUAGGGAGGGAGAGUUUUAGAAUUGAGGAAGUUAGGUCACCUAAAGAGAGUGAAGAUGAGAAUGUUUGGAUUUAUGUUAUGGUUGGAUUUGGUUUGGCUUAUUUCUUUUAUUGGAGGUUUCAAAUGGGUCAGCUUGUCAAGAAUAUGGAUAAAAAGAUCAAUUGAUUAGUUUAAGUUUAGUGUUUGGUAGCUUAAUUCUGUUAGGUUCAUAGGAGUGAAAAUUGUAUCAUUUUUAAGUUUUAUUUAUACCACAUUCUAAGGAAAAACUUAUUGUGGUUCCGAUGCUUUGUUUUUUUUGUUUAUAUGCAAGUAACAGUUUUAGAACAUGCUCAUUCGUGUUAUACUUUUCCCUCUACUUCUGUGUGUAAGUUUCAAUGAUUGUAAAUUGAGUUCACUCUCUAAAAACAAUUAGAUUCAGCCUCAUGGUUUAAAGUUC